CAGCAGGGAAUCUGUCCGGAGAGGGGGGGUGCGCGAGGGCGAGGAGGAAAUGACCGGGGGAAGAGCCCACAGGAGCCCUGAUCGGGCCCCCUCUUGUGGCUUUCGGGCUGAAGCCGGGUCUCCAGCGGCCCUUCGGGGCGAUCCGGCGAGGCGACGCCGUUGGAAGGCAUUCUGAGGCUGGAAGACUGGCAAGAGCGGACAAAAACGCGCGAAGACCUCGAACCUCGAAGGAGGGCAAGGAGGGGCGUCCUAACAGGUGCCGGGCCUCGACGCCGCCUGCGGCAUUCGGGCGUUGCGCAAUGGGGGGGUGGCGAUCGACGGGAGGUGUGAGGGGAGAUGCGCCCUUCGUGCGCCUAGAGGGGCCCCUCCCUGGGGCCGACGAAGGUGCACGGAAGGUGCACGCUUCUGCGCCCCCCCCCGUUCCGUGGCUCUAGGCCUCCUAGAUGGGUUCGGAGUAGAUGGGGUCGUUGGAUCGCGCCACGUCGCCGAUGCAUCGCCGACGCGGCUCGAUGCGGAGCCCGGUUUUCGCCACGCCGACGGCGGCGAUACAUCGCCGAUGCAUGGCCGAUGCAUUGGCGAUGCAUCGGCGAUGCGGCGCCUGCCUCCGACCCCACCUGCUCCGACCCCCUCUGGGAGGCCUUUGCGUAAUCAGCGCCCAAGGCAUCAUCGCCCUGCUGCACGCCCUCCUCAACGCGGGCCUGCUCGGCGCCCCCGGCGGCACGGUCGCCGGCCACUGGCCCGAGGGCGGGCCCAUGCGGCGCUGGCUGGAGGCGUUGCCGCCCUCCGCCUCGCCCGCAGACCGCGGGCGGGCGCUGGUGAACGACGUAGGCAUCCGGGCCAUCUACCGGACGCACGCCACGGGGGGCCAGUCGCGGAUGCCGCUGUCGCCCAUUUGGACCUGGGUCACGCUCCUGCCAGCGCUCGCCUGGGUCGUCUCCGCGGCCUGGGUGCUCUUUGCGCGGGGGACGAAGGUCUUGUCCAUCUACCUGUGUUUCUCCCUCGCUUGCCUGCUGGUCUGCGCGCUGAUCUGGCGGCUGAGCGGCGGGCGCUGCCCCUGUGGAGGCUGGAGUGCCACUUCGUGUGCCUCGCCGAGCGGGAGGGGCGCCUGCUGCUCCUGGACGGGCUCCCAGACUCCGCCAAGGACCUCGGAGCCUGCGAGGGCGCCUUCGCGCGCUCCGCGCUGGAGUUCGUUCGCGGCUCGCUGCUGCCGGCGCUGUCCCGGCCGGACACGUGUGCCAUCGUGGCCGUGUCCGAGGCAGAGGCGUUCUCCUGAGGGCACGGCCGCGGGCUUCAGGUGGGUUCUCCUGAGGGCACGGCCGCGGGCUUCAGGUGGGUUCUCCUGAGGGCGCGGCCGCGGGCUUCGCCUUCGUGCUCCCGCUGCUGCUGCUGCUGCUGCUGCUGCUGCUGCUGCUGCUGCCUCCAGUCGCCAGGGGUGGUGCUUCGUUCCGGUGCUGGUGCUCCUCCUGCACCCGCUGCCCGCUGCCCGCUCCUGCGGCCCCUGCUGCUGCUGAUGCGACAGGCCCCUGCACGCCGCAUGCUUCUGCAGCCUGCAUGUCGAUAUCUUGGCUGUCCUGUCGCAGGCAGGCUCCGCAGACGCGCCGGGGAA